AUGGCCAAAAGGACCGAUGACCAGGACACACACCUAGCCACCAGCCAACCCGGGGGCAUGGCUUCAGACACAGGCUCCACCCUUGCCGGGUUGGAGCCCAGCAUGAACGAUGGCCACAACGUGGAUCUAUCCGCCAGCCAAUCCGAGGGCGCGACCUCGGAUGCUGGCAUCUACAGCUGUACCUACCACAGCUGCACCCGCCGCUUCGAAAGGCGUGCCUGCAUGAUGAAACACCGCAGAACCCACCAAGUUAUUCCUAGCCAAGGUCUCAGCGUACGCAACUCGCGAGCCGGCCCUCACCGAUGUGACCGCACGAACCCGUCGACGGGUAGGCCCUGUAGUACAGAAUUCUCCCGGCCGUAUGACCUCACCCGCCACGAGGACACAAUACACAAUGUCAGCAAGCAGAAGACCAGCUGCCACGAGUGUGAGGAGGCGAAGACCUUUUCGCGUGCUGAUGCCCUUAAAAGGCACAUGCGCGUCGUCCAUCCUAAUGUCACCUGGCCGGGCAAGCGGAAGCUCAGUGGCCGUGAAUAUUGA